AUGUAUUCAAUGCGUAGUAGUGGCGGUGGUGGAUAUCAAUAUCCACAAGGAACAACAACACAGUAUGUUCCUUUUGACAGUAACCGAACAGCUCAAAAUAAUACAAAUUCACAAUCUUAUUUUGUUGAACCACAUUCAACAAAUCCUCUGCCUUAUAAUGAAUAUAAGACAACAACAAUUCAGCACACUACACAAUCACGUCGUGUGAAUCCUGCAUUAACAAUAAAUCCAAAUCAACAGUCACGAUCACAAUCUGCGAACUAUGGAAAACCAAAAUAUACCUAUAACCGAGACAUGCGCAGCGAAAUCGAUGACUCCCCAAUAAUUGAUCCGAGUGCUUUUCGUUACUUAAAUUUAAACGAACGAAAAGCAAAAACAAAGACAACAUCUAACAAGGAUUUUGAAAGUGGUAUCGAUACACGACCUAUAAUUAAUCUUGAUGCAGUAGCACAAUUAGAACGACGAAGACAGCAACUAUUAGAAAAGAACAAUCGAUUACGCGGUGACGAUGGAUCAAAAGAAGGCAUUGAUGACAGGUCAAUUAUAGAUUCCAAUGCUUUUCGUUAUAUUGAGGCGAAGACAAGCAAGAGUCAAAAACAGGGUCAAGGUUUUGACGGGGGAAUUGAUGAUAGACCUAUCGUCAAUCCAGAUGCAUUCAAAUAUAUAGAUGCGAGACGUCAAGGCAAACCAGUUAAACAAUCAAAUGAACCGUCGAUCGAUACUCGACCAAUUGUAGAUCCCGAUGCAUUUAAAUAUAUUGAAAAACGAGAUGCACCAUUAAAGAGACCUACGGAUGGCGGUAUUGAUAGUGAACCUAUUGUUAAUCCCGCAGCUUUUCGUUAUUUGGAAAAGCAGGGUCCGCCACCUCGUCGUGAUGUUCAAUCAGGUGUCGAUACAACAUCCAUAGUCGAUCCUGAUGCAUUUCAAUAUAUUGAGAGACGUAGACCAGUAAAAUCGGCACCAGCUGAAUCAUCAAUCGAUUAUAGUCCGAUUGUUAGUCCGGACGCAUUUAAAUGGAUUGAACAAAAACAUACGACAAGACGUCGUAUUAAUAAUGAACCAGAAAUCGAUGAACGUUCAUAUGUUAAUCCACAAGCAUUUCGUUACAUUGAUCGAAAUCUAACGAAAAGAAAUGAUAUUCCGAAGUCAGAAAUUGAUUCGCGUAGUUUAAUACUCGACCGAAAUCCAAAUGCAUUUGUUCAUCUGGAACGUAAAAAUAAUAAGAAUAGAAGAAAUGAAAUAGAAAGUGGUAUUGAUCAACGAUCUUAUGUUGAUCCUGAUGCUUUUAGAUAUAUUGAAGGUCAACGUAAGAAUGUGCAAAAUAAAAAAAAAUUUUCACCAUUCAACCCAAUCAUUGAUACACGAUCAUAUGUUGAUACGGAAUCAUUUCGUCACCUUGAAAGUAAACAAAACACAAAAAAUUCGCAUUAUUAUGAUCGUGAUAUUAUCGAUGAACGACCUUUUAUACCGCCGAUUGCAUUUCGUCAUCUUGAAUAUUCUGAAGACCAAUAUAAUUAUCCUUAUGAUAUUUCUUAUGCGUUAUAUGGACAAACAGAUGUGUGA